AUGGAAGAAAACGAAAAUCUAAAUAAAUUUCAUAUACAAGAAUAUGAAUGUGGACAAAAAACAAAUUUAUAUCGAAUGGAUAAUUAUCAAAAUUGUAUUAAUUUAUCAACCAUGACAAAAAAAUCAAAUCUUUCGUUUGCAUCAUUUUUUCGAGCUUUCUUCUUUCCAGAUAAUUAUCCAUUAGGUGUUAGUUCUGAUUAUGGUAUCUAUCAAUAUUAUAAUAUAAUUCAAACAGGAUGUAUUGCAAUAUCAGGUGCAUUAGCAUUUAGUGCACUUUUUCGUGGAAUGGGUGUUGGACAAGAUGCAUCAAAUUAUUUAGCUGCUUCUAUUGUUUGGUUACUUAAAGAUGGUGCUGGUAUGAUUGGUCGAAUUAUAUUUGCUUGGGGUUUUGCAGCAACAUUAGAUGCUGAUUGUAAACAAUGGCAUUUUAUUGGUGAUAUACUUAAUGAUAUUGCAUGUACACUUGAUUUAAUAACACCAUAUUUUCGAUCAGUUUUAUUAAUUAUAUCAAGUGUAUCGAAUAUAUGUCGUGCAAUAACAUUUGUUAUACAUGGUUCAACACGAACAGUUAUAUUUCAACAUCAAGCACGUAAUAAUAAUGUAGCUGAUAUAACAGCUAAAUGUUCAAGUUUAGAAACAAUGGUUAGUCUAGUUGCUUUAUUUGUUAAUAUUAUUCUUCUUUCAAUUUUACCAUCAAAUUUAAUUUGGCCAUUAUUUAUUAUAUUAACUAUUGGUCAUUUAUGGGGAAAUUAUAAAGCAAAACGCUCUAUUUUAUUUAAUGUAUUUAAUCAUCAACGUUUUCAUCUUGUUUGUUCAGAAUAUUUUAAAACAAAUGGUAAACAAAUUCUUUCUGUUGAACAAGUUAAUGAUCAAGAACCAAUUUUAUUUAAACCAUUACAAAGACAUCAUUCAUAUUUAGGUAUAUCAUUAAAUCAUAUUCCAAAACAUAUAUUUCCAUCUCAAGAACAAUUAGAAAAUUUUCAUAAUAAUGAAGCUGAACGUUUUUUAUUAUUAUAUGAUAAACAAAAAGAUAUAUUUUAUGCACUACUUAAACCAUAUGCAGAUAAUGAUGAUUUAAUUCGUUUAAAUUUUUUUAUUGAAUUAAUUUCCUAUGCUAGAAAAUCACCAAUUAAUAAUUCCAAUGAAGAAUUAUAUGAAAUAAUUAAUCGUGUCCAAAAACAAAUAUCUAAUUUAAAUAAUUGUUUAGAUAUAUUACAUGAAAAUAAUAAUCAUUGUUAUGAACAAUUUAAAAUAAUUUGUAUUACACAUGGUUAUAAUUUUCAUCGAUCUCUUUUUAAUGUUGAUUUUUUUCGAGUUCAAUAA